AUGAAGCACUUCUUAGUCCUCCUGCUAACAUGCGCCUGUGCAUUUGCGGAACCGGGGAUCUUCUACAAUCCACCGACGGGAGGUCCCAUUCAUGAGUACCAGAAUAAUCCGGUUUACACUCUUGGGGAGACAGUGCAGAUGCGCUGGGAUACUUCGUUGGAGAUCUUUUCAAUCAUGCUAUGGCAAAAUGAUAACUCAGACUUUGAAUGGGUGCAAACCAACCUCUACGGAGUCACCUUUUAUGACUGGAUCGUGUCAACGAAUAGAAAAUUGAGCAAUGGGGAAAUAUUUUUCUUCCAAAUCCGCAAUGCUUCGAAUAUUAACGACCUGAAUGAAAUAUUCGCCAGUCAUUACUUCAAUAUCACCAAAGACGACUCAGCGACUUCUACCACAUCAAGCCUUGCCGUUUCAACUACACAGGCCACGGUACCUACACCUAGCUUGAGCACUUCCUCAACUACAACCCAAGCGGUCGCUACGGCCACCACUGUAGGCCAUAAUAGCCAGGGAAAUAGCGGACUAUCAGAUGGUACCAAAGUUGGCGUGGGAGUGGGCGUCGGACUCGGGGGUGCUUUCGUUGCGGCUCUCGCGCUAUUCUUCUUUGUCCGCCGCAGGUCUAAGAGCUCAACCCAGGUCAAUGAGAGCAUUCCUGUCACAUCUCAAACUCAGCCCGCGAUGGAUUCAAAGUCCCACAACGGACAGGCUCAGAAUGAAGCACCUAAGAUCUUCGAGGCUCCAGCAAACGAAGUUAGGCGAUUGACCGAACUACCAUGA